CCCUGGGGCGGACGGGUGGCCCCGGGGGGGCCGGGGGCGGGGAGGCGGGCGGCCGGCACCGCCCGGGCCGACAAAAGUCCCUUCAGUUCAGCCGGCGGCAGGGGAAGUCCCGGCGCUCGGCGCAACCACCCUCCCGUGCCGCCGAGCCCAGCCGCGCUCCGGCCGCCCGCUCGGCCGCCGUCCCCGGCGGCCCCAUGCCCCGAUGCCCCGCGGGGACCAUGGACGAGGGGCCCGUGGACCUGCGCACCCGGCCCAAGGCCACUGGACCCCCGGGCGCCGCGCUGCCGCUCCGCAAGCGCCCUCUGCGCGCGCCCUCCCCGGAGCCCGCCGCCCCGCGCGGCGCUGCGGGCCCCGUCGUCCCCCCGGAUCCCCUCCGCGGUGGCUCCGACACACCGACUGUGCCCGCGCCCCCUCACGGCCUGGCGCGACCAGAGGCAAUUUACUACCAGGGACCUUUACUGUCCCUGUACCCCACCCCGACCAUGGGUUCCCCCUUUCCUCUGCUGAACUUGCCUACACCUCUGUACCCCAUGGUGUGCUCCAUGGAACACCCCCUGUCAGCUGACAUCGCCAUGGCCACGCGAGCUGAUGAGGAUGGAGAUACGCCACUCCACAUUGCCGUGGUGCAGGGCAAUCUGCCAGCUGUGCAUCGCCUCGUCAACCUCUUCCAGCACGGCGGCCGGGAGCUGGACAUCUACAACAACCUCCGGCAGACACCGCUACACCUAGCUGUGAUCACCACCUUGCCGUCUGUGGUCCGGCUCCUGGUGAUGGCCGGUGCCAGCCCCAUGGCACUGGACCGCCACGGCCAGACAGCAGCCCACCUGGCAUGCGAGCACCGCAGCCCCGCCUGCCUGCGGGCCCUGCUGGACAGCGCGGCCGGGGGCACCAUGGACCUGGAGGCCCGCAAUUACGAUGGGCUCACCGCCCUGCACGUGGCCGUGAACACCGAGUGCCAAGAAGCGGUGCUGCUCUUGUUGGAGCACGGCGCGGACAUCGACGCGGUGGACAUUAAGAGCGGCCGCUCCCCACUCAUCCACGCCGUGGAAAACAACAGCCUGAGCAUGGUCCAGCUGCUGCUGCAGCACGGCGCCAACGUGAACGCGCAGAUGUACUCCGGCAGCUCUGCGCUGCACUCGGCGUCCGGCCGCGGGCUCCUCCCGCUCGUGCGCACGCUGGUCCGCAGCGGCGCAGACAGCGGCCUCAAGAACUGCCACAACGACACACCGCUUAUGGUGGCGCGCAGCCGCCGGGUCAUCGACAUCCUGAGAGGCAAGGCCACACGGCCUGCUCCGGCAUCCCAGCCGGAGCCUUCCCCGGACCGGAGCACCACCACGUCCCCUGAGAGCAGCAGCCGCCUCAGCUCCAACGGCCUUCUGUCAGCAUCACCACCCUCCUCGCCCUCCCAGUCUCCCCCCAAGGACCCUUCUGGAUUCCCCAUGGCUCCCCCCAGUUUCUUCCUUCCUCCCUCAUCUCCACCGACCUUCCUGCCCUAUGCCGGGGUCCUCCGAGCCCCUGGCCGGCCGGUGCCCCCCUCCCCAGCUCCAGGAGGUAGCUGAGAGGAAUGGGGGGGCAGAUCUUGGACUCGUGAGGAGGGACCUCGCUACCCUGUGGGGUCAGCCCUCCUGGAAACUGUGAAGAUCUCACUCUGCCCCCCCCCCCCCCACCCAGUCUUCUGGAUCAGGAUUUGCACAGAGGCACAUAUAUCUACCCAUAAACCCCCUCUUCUCAGCACGGAUAUUCCUCCAUCUCAGCCCCGCCCCCAACCCAGGACUCUUACCCCCAUUUUUCUCAGGCAUCCUGGUCUCCCAGUCUUUCGUCUGGAACUGCCCCCCCAAAACGUUCAUUUCCUUCUCCUCUCCCAGAGCUGGUGGAACCAAGGAACAGCUCUCCCUUCUGCACUCAACCCACUUCAGAGAGGAGGGAGAGAUGGGCUGACUCCAGGCACUGAUAUCCAUGUAAAUUAUUAGGCGUUUUGGUUGUAUUUCUUUUGUAAUAAACUAUUUUUGU